UUGUACUUGAUAAUUAGUGAUUGCUAGCUGAUAGCAAUUGAGUAUUGAUAGCAAAUCUGGUCACACGCGGUCGCAGCUAAUCGAUAAACACACGGGAAGUGUAUGUCUACGCUAAUUAUGUGAUUUGAAAAUGUUUAAAAAUAAAUCUGUAAUAUUUAAGCUAUGGCACUUCCUGCGCACCUACAUCUUGACGAUCAAGCGCUUCGACCUAUUCCUGCAGGGCACGCUGCUGAUCGUCAUCCUGCUGGAGACCAACGUCCUCCUGCUGCUGAGGAGGGACGCCACUGAGGGGUUCAACUCAGCUAUUAUUGAAGAUCUGGUGAUAGUAGCGGGUGGUGUAGUAGAAUGUGCGCUCGGAGCUAUUUUGGGCUGGUGGGGCGGAGGCCGACGGCACUUCGCCCUCUCAGCAUGGCUGGCAGCCACCUCUGCAGCCGGACUUCUGGUCCUAGCCUUCCCUUACACGUACUCCAAUCCUCCUAAUGUUGAGCUAUGCGGCGGCGAUACAAUAUCAGGGUCCCGUCCGCCGUCGGUUAUCGGCAUAGACGAUAAUGCGCCAGCUCGCACCUCAACCCUCAUCCUCACCUUCAUCCUCUGCGCCCUCACGCAGAUCAGCAUAUUCGCGCACGGAUUCACCUAUCUGGACGACCACGAACCGCAUAAUGGACCAUAUUUCUAUGGUAUCCUUAUCUCCAUCAGACUGUCGCUUGGUCUAAGCGGCACGAAUUGGCUGCGAGCCAGCUCUACAAGCGACGACUGGUGGGAGGCACACUUGUCGAUAUGCAUGCUCACCUUCAUGUUUGCGGUACUCUUCACUCUCUUCCCGAAGAGGAUGCCACAGUGGGAGGAUGAGGAAAUACUGGUUGAUACUGACUUCCUACCUUCCCUGGGUCGUGUGGCGCGCAACAAAGCGAUAAUACUUCAGACCGGCGCCCUCGCCUGUCUGACUAUAUCGGUUCUAUGCUUUGUCAACUACGACGUGGCGUAUGUACAGGCGAGAUUCAAUAUAGAAGGAAUACGACAGGAUCCAAGAACAUCAAGAACUUUGACUGAUGUGUUCCGUUCUUUUGUUAUCAUCUUCUUUAUUAUGAUAUUCCGAGUCCGAUUCUCGGUGUGGCGCAGGGACGGUGUUAAGGCCAACACGGCGUCUCGCGUGGGCGGCGUCGUCUGUAUCUUUGUCGCGGUAUUCUUCAUCGUGUUGGCUGCUUUGAGCUGUGAUGUCGCGGAAAUCGAAGGAUUUGAGCAGUCGGGGUAUAUCCAACCUGCAUGUAGUGCGCAAUGCGGAUGCAGCUCAGAGCGUUACGGCUUCAGCCCGGUGUGCGGGUUGGAUUCGUCGACUACCUUCUUCUCGCCGUGUAAUGCCGGCUGUUCGGAAUUAGAGGAUCUUAAUGGAUUUAUCGUGUACAACUGCACGUGCGGCGCGCAGCGCGCGGUGCGCGGCGCGUGCGCGCUGGACUCGUGCCGGCUCGUCUUCGGCGUCUACCAAAUCUUCUACACACUCAUACUGGCUGUCUCGGGGGCGGCGUUCGUGAUGCAGAGCAUGGUGUUGGUGCGCGCGGUGCGGCGCGUCGACAAGCCCACGGCGAUGGGACUGUCCUCCGCCGUCAUCGCCUUAGUCUCCUUCGUGCUCGGGAAGCUACUCUACAUGCUUAUAAGCUAUCUAACAUGCGGCUACUCCCACGACGGCUUGUGUCUUCUCCACAAGCCGUCUCUAUGGACGAUGUGUGCCGCGAGCAGUUUCUUCGCUCUAGCAUCAGCCGGAGUGAGCUUGCUCGCGAGCCGCGUGCCGCCCGAACCAACCACCGAAUUGUGAUAUUAGAUUAUAGUUAUUUAUUGA